UAAACCUCAGAAACCUCAAUCAAUCAAACGGAGAAGAUCCCAAGUCCAAUUACCGUUGAAGAAGUUUUUGUGUCUGUAGCUGUUUAGUUUGAAAAGAGAAUUUGGUAGCAAACGGCAGAGACAAAGGAAAGGGCAAGGCGCAGAAGAAUCCUCUAAAAUAAAUUGGUGAAAUAGUGAAUUGUAUGGGUUCGUUGAAGGAGGUGGAUAGGCUCGUGAAUGGGCUAUCUUUAAUCGCCAAGGAGUUGGUGAAACGUUCCCAAGUUCUGGAAGCCGCCAAGAAUGGAGAUCUCCAAAACCUAAUCAAGAAAGCCAUUGUAUCCGCGACUGACCUCUCCGGCCUCACCAAGGGCAAGGUCCGCGGCCUUUCAAACCCGGCCUCCUCCAACCCCGAUUCCGUCGUUCACUUCACAAGUACCACCGGUAACGAUUCCUCCGAGGAGGCCACGCCUGUUACCUUUCAACAACAACAACCCUCAUCAUUAGGAUACCCUGAUCAAAAAAAACAACAACCCUCAUCAUUCGAUGCUGGCAAUGAUACCGAUAAUAAUGUGAGAGAAGAUGCUUCUUCUUCUUCUUCUUCUUCUUCUUCCGGGGCGGAGAAUUUGGAUAUUAGACAUGGGUCUGGGUCGGUCAAAGAAGCUAAGGAGGACAGGGGCAUUAAUGCCCAGAUGGAAUUUAAGAGGAGGAAGCCCAGGGAGAGGAGAGUUCCUUCCACCCCAUUUUCCAGAGCGCUUGGGUUUGCUGGUCUUGGAGCUGGCCUUGCGUGGGGAACCCUACAGGAAUCUGCGAGGAGGCUUGUUUUUGGCGCGCCACCACAAAACAAGCAAUCUGCGCUCUCUCCAUUCCUCUCCGAACAAAAUGCAGAACGUCUAGCCCUUGCGCUUUGCAGAAUGCGUGGAGCUGCUCUUAAAAUAGGGCAGAUGCUGAGUAUACAGGAUGAAUCCCUCGUCCCUCCUCCGAUCUUGGCUGCUCUGGAUAUUGUUCGUCAAGGGGCAGAUGUGAUGCCAAGAAGCCAGCUCAACCAAGUUUUGGAUGCUGAAUUAGGUCCUGACUGGUCAUCGAAGUUGAUUAGUUUUGAUUAUGAACCAAUUGCUGCUGCAAGCAUAGGCCAGGUGCACCGAGCUGUCACAAAGGCUGGUAUUCAAGUGGCAAUGAAAAUUCAGUAUCCUGGUGUUGCAGAUAGCAUUGAAAGUGACAUAGAGAAUGUGAGACUUCUUUUAGAUUAUACAAACCUAAUUCCGAAAGGACUUUAUCUUGACAGAGCUAUUAAGGUGGCAAAAGAAGAAUUAUCUCGUGAAUGUGACUAUGAAUUGGAGGCAGCAAAUCAAAAACGCUUCCGUAAUCUUCUAUCUGGCAUGGAGGGGUUUUAUGUUCCAUUGGUUGUGGACAAUCUUUCAAGAAAAAAAGUCUUAACUACAGAACUUGUUUCUGGAAUUCCAAUUGAUAAAGUCGCCUUGCUAGACCAGGAAACUCGUAAUUAUAUUGGGAAAAAGUUGCUGGAGCUUACUUUAACGGAGUUAUUUGUAUAUCGUUUCAUGCAGACUGAUCCUAAUUGGAGUAAUUUUUUGUAUGAUGAGGCAACAAAAGUAAUUAAUCUCAUCGACUUUGGAGCAGCUCGGGACUUCCCUAAAAGCUUUGUUGAGGACUACUUAAGAAUGGUAAUUGCAUGUGCAAACGGUGAUAGAGAUGCAGUCAUUGAGAUGUCGAUAAGACUCGGGUUCCUCACAGGAAUGGAGUCAGAGAUAAUGCUAGAUGCCCAUGUUCAAGCGGGUUUUAUUGUGGGAUUGCCUUUCUCGAAGCCUGGUGGAUAUGACUUUCGUUCCACCAAAAUUACUCAAGGUGUCUCCAACCUUGGGGCUACAAUGCUUAAGCAUAGGCUGACGCCGCCUCCUGAUGAAGUCUACAGUCUUCAUCGGAAGCUUGCAGGUGCAUUUUUGGCCUGCGUCAAACUUGGGGCUGUUGUACCAUGUAGGGAAUUAUUACUUCAAGUUUAUGAGCAUCAUCAAUUUGGUGAAGAAGAUGGUGAGAUCUUGUCAAGUGGCGCAAGUUCUUCGUAGGCUACUAGGCUUAUAACUUAUUUUUUAUCUUAUUCAAAUUUACAUGUAAUAAGUCUUGCAUGCAACUAUGCUUGGCGAGCAUCAUAAAUGGAGAGAGAGAGAGAGAGAGAGAGAGAGAGAGAGAGGUUGUAGUUUACCUCGUUGGGAAAAAAUCAAACUAGAAUUGCGCCAGACAAGACAUUUAAAAUGCUUUGUCGAUGAUAUAAAAGGAGUCAUUUGAAUCCUCCAUUUAGGUAUAAAGUAGGGGCAUGGUUGUCUUUUCACAUUUUCAUGGAAUGUGAAAAAACAAUUAUGUCUCCACUUUAUAACUAAAUGGGAUGAACUCCACUUUUUUAAGGGGAGGGGGGGGAG